AUGCCGUUCAAGGUAAGGUGGCUGAUGGCGCGUCUAAUGGAUGGGGAGAUUGUCCAGAAUUAUCUGCACGCGACAGGGGGAACGGGUUUCUACAUCGUUUUACCUUUGGAGGGAGCAAUCCACACGGAGACGGGACACACACGAUGUACACAGAGGCAUUCCAAACCUCGCGCUACUCAUCGUCAUGCAAAACGGGUUUUUCAUGGAAGAAACAAAGCAGCAGAUCCAACCUCCAGGAAAACAUCUUCUCCAUCUCUGACCAGGGUUGGAGCAUCGAUGAUUCUCGAUAGUGGAUCCGGAAGCUCACCAUCUCAUUUGAAUCAUUUCCGUUUCCAAGCAAGCAAGCAUUGA